AUGUCGAGACAAGUGGAUAAAUUAACGCCUCCGAGUGACAUUCGGAAGAAGAAAGUAAUCGUCGCAAGCGCAAGUCGUUCCGGAACGCUAGGGCUCUAUGGUGCAAUGAAGAUUUUGGGCUAUCGUCCCUAUCAUCUUUAUGAAUGUGUCUGCAUUCAUGGCGCGACCCAUAUUAAGAUUUUCAAACAGGCCGUGAUUGCUCAAUUCAACUGGCUCUCCGGCGUGAGACGAUUGAAGAAAUCCGACUGCGAGAAGUGGCUAGCCGAUUAUGAUAAAGCUGAUGAGAGUAAGUGUAUUAUUGAGAUUACAAGCUAUUUGGGAAUGGAUGUGAUUGAAGCUUAUGCAGAAGAUCCCGAGGUGAAAUUUAUCCUUACCGAGAGGGAUCCUAGGAAGUGGGCUCGGUCAUUCAAUAACACAAGCGCGAAAGUAGUUGCUCUAUCAAGCAGCUUCCCAUUCAAUGUUUUGAAAUAUUUUCAUGGAGAUCUCUACCACUUCAUGGAUAUGAAUGUGCUGGUGAAUCAAGCGAUGGCCAGUGGGACCAAACCGGGCGACCCAGAAAACGAGGAUAUACUUUGUGAAUAUUAUUCCUCGUAUAUCAAAAAUGUCAAGUCGACAAUUCCAGCAGAUCGCCUGUGUCUCAUUCAGCUCGAAGAUGGGAUUGAUUGGGAUACCAUCUGCCCAUACCUGGGGGUUCCAGUCCCAAAGGAAGAAUAUCCAGAUCGAAAUCAGCCCGAGAGGUUUGAAUACCUGCUCAAUGAAUUUUUACAGCCAAGAGUUCGAACCGCAAUGCUAAGAUGUGGUGCUGUCGCUGUUGCGGCAAUUGGGAUCAUCGGGUGGGCGGCCAUCACAAGUGGGCCAUCCUUACUCCCACGGUUCAUGGGGAUCUCCCCACCUUGA